UCCCAGUUUGGCAGCGGAUGGUUUGGUUGCUCUUCCUGCCUUGCACAGAUUUUAACUUGGCGAGGAUGAAGAGUGUCGUGAUGAUCAUUCUCACGUCUGCUCUGGUUCAAGCAGGUUUAAAGGAAACGUGUCCACACAGAGGCUACUGUGUCUCUUUAGCUAGUGGAGUCAUAACUGCAGAGAGUGGACUCUGUGUGGAGAUUCCAUGCUCCUUCAAGACUCCUCAGAGCUUCACUCCUCAACACAUGCUUUGGUUCAGAUGUGUACGACAAGGUCAAGACAGGUGCGACCGUUCAUCAGACCCGAUCUGCUCCACUGACAGCAGCUCAGCCAUCAGGAAAGGAUUUGAAGGACGAGUGUCACUGUUGGAGUCUGAUGUGAGUCAGAGGAACUGCAGCAUCAUCAUCAACGACCUCUCACCGUCAGAUUCUGGAUGGUACCAGCUCAGACUGACCCGCAAAGAUAAGGGAUACACAUAUAGGAAGAAGCAAGGAAUAUCUGUCAGAGGUCUGAGGCAAAAGCCCACCCUGGCUGUCCCUCAACUGAAAGAGGGUCAGCUGACAGCACUGACCUGCACUGCUCCUGGACUCUGCUCCGGAUCUGAGCCCACUAUUAGCUGGAAGUGGGAAGGCAAAGGGAAGAGUCCACACCUGGUUGGAGGAAACAUCACACUUCAGAAGAGUGUUUCUCUUGGUGCUGUGAGGAGACAGUACAGCUCCACUCUGAUAUUCAGCGCUUCUUCUGAGCACCACAGCAGCAGCAUCACCUGCACUGUUGUCUUCAAACACGGUGGGAGCACAGAGGUGAAAAAGACACUGGCAGUGCAGUACCUGAAGAGCCUCACCAUCACUGGACAAACUCUUGUGAGGGAGGGUGAGACAUUGUCUCUGCACUGUGCUGCUGACAGUUUCCCUCCGGUUCUGGUCCAAUGGACCAAAGGCAAGACGUCAGAAGCUCUGGCUCGCAGCACUGGAGAAGCCUUGAAGAUCCCAGCCGUGACUAAAGAGCAUUCUGGGCCGUACAGAUGCACUGCAGAACAAGGAAGUAAACAAGUGAUGGAGGAGGUCCACGUUAAAGUCAAGUAUGUGAGGACACCCAUCAUUUUGGGGAACACAGAUGUAAAGAAGGGCAGAGCUCUAAAUCUGACCUGUGCUUCUGAAAGUUAUCCUGAAUCUGUCAUCACCAUGAAGAAGGAAGAGAGGAGAGAGAAAACCAUCUCUUUCCAGGCCGCUAACACCAACACUCUGUCUGUUUUGAUCCCAAAUGUGACGACAGAAGAUUCAGGACGUUACAUAUGUGAAGCCAGAUAUGAGAUGGAGACACUGACCACAUCCGUGAAUGUGACUGUGACCUGGUUUGCUGGGAUCUUGAAUGGCUCGAGAUGUGAGCGGGACUCAGCAGCUCUCACUUGUGUCUGUGGCAGUCAGGGCCACCCCUUACCCUCCAUCUCCUGGCUGCUGCUGACCGACCACAGUGACUCUCACAUCCAGACCAACGUAUCAGGAGAUGAAAUCUGGAGCAGCUUCAGUGUGAAAGAUGGCCACAGUGUGAAGACUGUUGUGUGUGUUGUCACUCAUGAGAACGGAGAAACAAAGGAGGAACUUCCUGUUCUGAAUCAUGAGAGUCUGUUCAAGUUUCUAACAGUGGAAGUCCUGGUGGCAUUUCUGGUGGGAGUGUUUUUAUCUGGGAUCAUCUUCUUUGUGCUGCAGCUCAUUUGUUGCAGAAACACAAAGAAAAUGCAAAAGCACAUGGAAAUUCCUUUGACCAAUGGAGCUGAUCGACAGACUCCUAAGGCAGAGACAGCAGUGGGCGAGAGAGGACCCCAGGAACCUGAGCCAGGACUGAAGGAUGUGGAUUACUCUACCAUCAACUUCUUUCACAUGAAGGGAAAAAGUCCCCACAAGGCACCCGAGACUAUGGAGACAGAAUACUCAGAAAUCAAGAGGCAAGACGUGACAACCGCUGCUGAGGAGUCAGUGAAAAAAAGAGAAAAACAAGAAGGCAAUAAUCAGGUUUUCAGGAAGCAAGAGACUGACCCGGAGAUGGCGCUGUAUUCCAACAUUAGAAAGAUUGGACUUGGUACAACUCAGUGAAGUCACUUCUAGUCUGUCUUUUUAUAUGUCAAUAAUGGACUUCAUAUUCUUCAUUCACUUCAUUAUCCUGGAUGCUUCCCUGAGGAGGUGUUCCGGCCAUGUCCUACCGGGAGGAGACCCCGGGGAAGACCCAGGACUCGCUGGAGAGAUGAUGUGUCUGGUCUGGCCUGGGAACGCCUCGGGAUCCCCCGGGAAGAGCUGGAGGAGGUUUGUGCGGAUCGGGAAGUUUGGGCUUCCUUGCUCCGAAUGCUACCUCCGCGACCCGACCCCGGAUAAGCGGCAGAAGAAGGUGAAGGUGAAGGUGAAGAACUUCAUAUUAAAAAUGUCUUCUUUCUGGACAGUGGGAGGAAACCAGAGUACGUGUUAAAACUUAAAUGCUGUCUGUGCUCUGUAUUUUUUCCCAAAUGACUGAUAGCUGCCUAUUUUUAGUUGAACUAAAAGCAUAUUUAUCUCUCUGCAUCUUCCAUCAGGAAAAAUCCGCCUUGUCCACCUAAACCUAUUUUCAUCGUUCAUUUCUUCCUCGCACUUUUUAUUUUCCUAGUAAUUCAAUGCUCAAUAUACAAUG